CAAUGGAGCUCCUUAUGCUCGUGGCUCUUCUCUCCUGCCUGGCCGCCGUCCUCUGGCAAUGCACUCGGCGUUCCGCUGUCGAGGUCCAGCAGCCGACCAUCGAGAUCGGCGACGCUGCUGUCGCCCAACGCGCACUCAUCGAGAAUGCCAACGCCUUCUCGGACCGACCUCUGGCUCUGUUCCCCGUGAUCCUGGUAACCGGGCGCCGCCGCCGGCGGAGCGACAACAUAAGCAGUGCGCCGUACGGCCCGCACUGGCGAGUGCUAAGAUGCAACCUCACCUCCAAGCUCUUGCACCCCUCCCGGCUCUCCUUCCUCGCCCCGCUACAACGUGUGGCCGUCCAGGACCUCCUCGCUGGCUUGUCCGCUCGCGACGAGGUGGUGGUUGUCCGGGACAGCCUACACGACGCCGUAUUCGCCCUGGUUGCCCGUAUGUGCUUCGGAGAUGGCGUUGCCCACCGCGACGUGCGUGCCGCGCAGCGCGUCAUGCAGGAGUUCGUGCUCGGCGUCGGGCAAGCCAAGGCCUACGCCGGCUCGAAGCUGGCCAAGCUCCUGCACUGGAGGCGGUGGCGCCGGUUCCUCGCCUCCCGCGGCAAUAUGGCGGAGGUCUUCUUCCCUAUCAUCGCCGCAGCAGGGCGCCGAACUUGCAAGGACGGUGUCUUGCCAUAUGUGGAUUCACUCCUGGACCUCCGGGUGCCCGACGACGCCGGCGCCCGGCGCGCCCUAACGGACGACGAGAUGGUAAGCCUCGUGUCGGAGUUCCUCGGGGCUGGCACCGAGACUGUGGUGGCUUGCGUGGAGUGGACCCUCGCUCACCUCGUAGCCCAACCAGAGGUCCAGAAAAGGCUGCAACGCGAGGUUGACGGUGAGGCCGGCAAGGGCAAGGGCAAGGGCGUGAUGCCCAUGCCCGACGAGCUAAGGCAACGUGGAAUGCCGUACCUGCACGCCGUCAUACUCGAGAGCCUCCGCAUGCACCCGCCAGUGCCGUUCCUCAUGCGCGACGUUCACGCCGAGGACGCGGCGGCGCUGGCCGGCAAAGCCACCGUAGUUACGCCCGCUGGCCUACGGGUUCACUUCAUGCUAGGGGACAUCGGCAGGGACAGCAAUACGUGGAAGGAUCCCGACGAUUUCCGGCCAGAAAGGUUUUUGCCCGGAGGCGAGGCGGAGGACGUCGGACCGCUGCCGGGGCCCAAGGAGAUCAGAAUGAUGCCAUUCGGCGCGGGACGAAGGUUCUGCCCUGGUAUGGGUCUGUCGAUUCUGCACGUCAAGUUGUGCCUUGUUGCUCUCGUCCGGGGCUUCGAGUGGGCGCCAGUGGCAGGGCAGAACGUCGACCUGACGGAGCUGGACGGCUUCUUCAAGACGAUGAAGAAGCCGCUUCGGGCGUGCAUCACCAAACGCUUCAACGCAACUCGUCGGUGA